GCGAUAAGUGAAAAACAAAAAGGUAAUAAUAGAAAGCGCUGUGAUCACAGCUGUUCGGGGAAGGAAGCGCGCGCCACUGUCAGUCCGGGAAUGACAGAGGAGAGAAGCGUGGGCGGGAGUAAGAGAGGGAGGGAUCCAGACCUGUAACGAAAGUCAGCCUUAAACCUGAGCUCGGUGGCAUUUCUCUCCCGCCUGCCGGUGAGUGUGAACCUCAGGCCUGGGUGGUCGAAGCGGAUCCUCUUUAAAUGAAAACAAGGCGUCGAUUCAGCCAUGGAGUGCAUCAAAAACUGCUGCAAGAACUUCAUGAAGAAGAACGAGCAGGAGCGGGAGACCCAAGUGAUUGCACUGAAGAUGCCCCCUAACACGGCAGCAGCCCCAGGACCAAAUGUAUCUGAAGAUUACUUACUUUCCAAGAUGCCCCCAGACGGCAGAGAGGUUCCGUUUGUUGUGCCGACCUAUGUCCAACCAAGCUACCCUAAUUUACAGGCUGAGCCACAGAGUUCAGCCCGGUGCACAUAUGCAGCAAGGAAGGCAGAGCUGGUCAGCACCACUCCCUUCAUCUACUACCCUGAGUCCUUCUUCCAUCAGGGUCACAUGGCAGAGCACAUCUCCCCCGGCUCGAGCCGCCGAGACACAAUGAAGAAGAGAAGCUUUGGUCCACAAAGCCCAGGUUGGAAUAUGAAGUUAGGUGGCCAGGAGCGACUGAGCAGCUCCAUGUUUGAUUUGUCCAACCCCCAGGGUCACAUGCAGCGGUUUGAGUCCCUCAGCAGUGCAUCCUCCAAGAUGAGCUCCAUGACAAGCAGCCUGGAGUCUGUCACCUUGUCUGGGGAUGAGCGCGAGUUGGGGAAGGUGUGUGUCCGGCUGAACUAUCAGGAGGCUCUGGAGCAGGUGUGGAUCACCCUGGUUCAGUGCUCAGACCUCAACCUUCAUCCGGAUGGAGGGGAGCAGCAAAUGAUUGGUUUCAAAUCAAUCAUUACCACCCCCAAACCCAUACAGUUCAAGAGCUCAGUUAGAGAGUACUGUCAGGAUGUGUCCUUCAUGGAGACCUUUGUGUUUGCGCUGCAUCUCCAGCUGUUGCGCUGCAGUGCCCUGGUGCUGCGACUGCAGACACACAACCCCAAAAAACGUACGGUGGCAGAGUGUGUCCUUUCCCUGCGACACCUCGGUUCUCAGGAGACGGAGCACUGGCUUGAACUCAACCCUCCGUCUAAAUCUUCGGUGUGCCACUCUGAGCUGCAUCUUACUACGUGCUUUCAGCCGGUGAAUGGACGCAUCCAGGUCCAGGUCCUUGCUGCUCAAAACCUCCCAGUGUCCUCCUCACCGCUCACUCAAGCUUUUUUUGUCAAAGUGGAGAUGACCCAGUUAGAGGAGGUGACCAAGAAGAAGACCCGAGUGCUCAAGGCCUCUGGAGGUCAGUGUCAGUGGGCUGAGACGUUUCACUUCCAUCUGGCCACCUUAGACCACGCCUACUCACUCUCAGUGAAACUCUACAGUCGCAGCUCAGUCAGGAGGAAACAAUAUCUCGGACAGAUUCAGCUGGGACUCAAUAGCCCUAUUCCAGAGGCUGUGGAGCAGUGGAAGGACACAAUGGCUCAUCCAGAGAAAGUGGUGGCAGCGUGGCACAGGCUGAGUUCUUCCUAAACCUCUUCUCUCAGCUACUGACAUAGUACUCUCGUGCUGCACAUCUCGCUGUGCCUGCUUACUUUUCCAGUUGGCCAGCCACAGUCCUGUACGUUGACAUAGUCAACUCUGAUUGACCAGACUGUAAACUGCUGAACGUGCUCUCUGGGAAAUUUCCACAGAGACAGUGCAUGUAUUCAGUGAUCAGUUAUAAAUAAGGGUUUCGAACAAAUGUAGAUGGUCGAAAGGUUAUUUUUUGUGUGUGUGUUUACUGUAGACUAAAUGAAGGAUAUUUCUUAAAAACAGUAGAGCAUUUCCUAAAUUAACAAUUCAAUUGCUUAGCAUUUAGCUGUACUGUACAUAAGCUGUUUUCUGCAAGUUGCAUGACGUGGAAAUAUCAUGCUUUAUGAGUCUGCUUCAUUUUGCAAAGAAAGUUUACAAGCAGGAGAAAGGUGAUAGGAAAACCAUAUUUACUUUAGUGGUUUCAGACUGUAAAGAAGAUUCAUCUAAUAGUGUAAGGUUGGUGGUAUUCUGUAUUUUUAAAACCAUAGAAAGUCUGCUAUUCAGUCACUUAUUAACUAAAGAUCUUUUAAAAUUCUUUUAAAAAAGCCAGAAAUAUUUAGUGUCAUUUAUAUUUUUUAAAGCAAGCUGGCUAGCAUGACGACAGCAGAAUGAAAUUUCAUAGUUUUAGGCAUAAAAUGAAAUAUAAAAUAAUUAUAAAACCUACAAAAAUAGUAUUUUUCUUCUGGUCCUGUGCAAAACUUUUGAGCCACUCAUCAUGUCUUUAUAUUUUGCUUCCAUGGACUUACUUGUAAUUUUAAUAGGCUUUCAGACAGCCUUUCAAAGCUUUUCUUUGGACACUGGCUGCUUUUUAUUCAUUUUUAGUCAAGUUCUUGUACCUGACCAGUUUCAGAGGAGCUUUUAUUUUAUUUUAUUAGGCUCUAACAAUGACAUAUGAAUAAAUCAGGCACCUAACUUGAGGAAUGAACAAGUGUUUUGUAGAAAAAACAAUUUUAAGUUGUAUCUCUCGGCACUUUACUAAAUAUUUUUGGAGAAACAAAAUGUACUUCCUUUAAAAUUCCCUAAAUGUGAGCUAGAAGGUUUUCCCUUACCAUAAUUGAACUUCACAGGGUGUCAUGUUACUGGAGAAAACAGCGGCUUCUGUGUCAAACAUUAGCUCUGUGCUUCUGAUUUUUUUUUAUAUAUUGAAUGUAAAUAAAAAGUGUUGAAUGUAAA